AUGCUUGGGAAACUUCUGUUAAAGAUCUGCUUAAUUGAAUCAACCCUUGCCUUUCAUCUUCCACUGGAAUUCCAGCUUCAUCCCAGAAAGGCCUGUCACGGUGCUGAUAUUAUCAGUAAUCUGACCGCCAUAGGGGAGCAUACCAAGAAAUGGAAUGACGCUCUCAAGGCUACCCAUGAUGGUAGAGCAGAAGCGAAGGUAUUUGUUGAGUUGGAGGAAGAAACCCUGGAGACAAUUAAAAGCAUGAACAAGACCGUAAUCGGCACGUCGAAGCAUAGCUUCAGUUCUAUUCUUGAGUAUGAUGAAGAUGCCAUUAAUAAUUAUCUAUUUGGUCUUGUCGGUGCGGUACCGGACUGUCUGCACGAGGUUGCGCCUCUGGUCAACUCUCUGGUGGUUUCUCUCAAGACAACUGUUGAGGCAUAUGGGGAAUAUUCAUAG